AUUUAGUAUAUGCAGAUGGAAAUGUCAGACAGGAUUUGAUCGGUCAGAAGCAGCUUUUUCAAACGAAUUCCUAAUUUCUUGUUGUUUUUUUUUUUUUUAAAUGUAUAUAUAUGUUUAGUUAUGUUUCGAAUUUCGUCUUAUACACAUAGAUUAUUGUGUAGGUGUGUUUUAUUCAAAUGCAAAGAACAGUUUCAUUUUUAUGUUAGGCCACAAAAUUAAAGGAAGGCCAAAAGUGUAAAAAAAACUAAACUACUAAACACACCGAGACGGAGUGGUUCGGUCACUGUUCAGUGAAUUUUUGUACAAAUGAAGGUGAAGAGUAGGUGAUGAAGACUCACGACUAACUUAAAAACGCCACUAUUAACUAAAUGAAUGUCUGAUUACAAAUUUCGUCUGAUCACAAAUUCCAUUGGAUAUAUAAUAUAUAGUGUAGGCCUACACAUUAUAAAGUAAAGAAUGGCAAUUUACAUUAUUUACAACUUUGUCACACAAAUCAUUUGUCGAAAAAGUUAAUAAAAAUAAAAUAAAAAUGUUGAUAAUAUAUGAUGUAGCUCUAUCUUCAAUGUAAAUGAUAAUAAAAAUUGAUAUACCCAAAUUAAAGUUCAAAUUAUUAUUAUGAUUAUGCCUUUUUAAUGUAGGUUUUUGAUAAGCAUUUGUCAUUUUGACAAACUGUAGUGGUUAUUAUGGAUGUCACUGCACUCUCUUUAAACUAGUCUAGAACACCAGUCCACAGUCUUUGAUCAUACCCUACUUCUACUAAUUAAUUAACUAAAAUUUUGUAUGUUUUCUUCUUUUUCGACAAAUUACUGCAUUAUGAUUGUGUUAAGUCCAAAGAAAACACAUUAAUAUUUAUUCAUGCAAUUUUAAAUUCAGAUAUCUCGAGGAGAUGCCUGUGAGGAGGUUCCAUAAAUCUCACGGUCAAAAUAUUCGACUCCUUCAGAAUAACACAGUGGCUCUGAGAGAAGUUAGUUUUGCUCAUGCUCUGGUCUUUAGUGAAAAACCUUUACAACCUGGGGAAAUAUUUCUUGUGGAAAUAGAGAAAACUGAGCGAGGAUGGAGUGGUCAUAUGAGAAUUGGACUUACAGAGGUAAUAAUAUUUUUAAUAAUGCUAUAAAGAAUAAUUGUAUAAAUGAACUUGAAACAGUUUUUACUUUUUGCUAUUUUUUUACAAAGUUUUUGUGCCAAAGUUAAAAGUAGUGGUACAUAUCAUCAUGAUAAGUGAAAAUUUCUACUAUUUACAUCAAAAUAUGUUCUAGUUUUAUGGAGUCAUAUGCAAUGAGUAUCCAAUGAUUGAGUCAUGAGAUCUCUUUACAGGUGGAUCCAGCCAAACAAGAAAAUGGCUUGCCACAGUAUGCUCUGCCUGAUCUUGCUGUGCUAGGACGAUGUUGGGUGUCAGCUGUGACGAAAUCUAGGAACCGUCUCCAGUACCACAGCCCUGAGAGAACUGUAUCAACUCUUCAAGUGCCAUAUACAUCUGUGCUUGGUAAUAGUGAAGUCAUAAGCACUUCUUGUGGACGGGUCCGGCGGUCUAUGCUUCAGCCAUCAUACUCACUAUUUCGAUCAGCAUUUGUAAAUAAUGUUAAUGGCCAAUCAUCUUUCGAAGGAGAGGAACCUUCUCUAAAAGCUGCCAAAAAACUAAUUCUUGCAACAGACGUUGGCUCUCGUAUUGGAGUCAUGUAUUGCCCUGAUGAGACUGGCUUUUUUGCACGUAUGCAUUUUAUAAUAAAUGGAGAAGAUCAAGGUCCAAGUGAUGAACAUAUACCACUCAAUGCGGACUCAGCACCAUUAUAUGCUGUUGUGGAUGUUUACGGUACAACUAAACAGAUUCGCUUGAUUGAACUUUAUAAAGGUAGGUUAUUAUGUGUAAGUUCCUAAUUAUACAAAUAAAUUAAAAAAAUGUAAGGUUAAUAAGUGUUUUUUAAGAUUUUAUUCUUUUUAUAGUUUCUAAUAAAUUUUAAAUUUUAUUGGAUGUAAUUUUUUAAUGUCUUCAACAAUGAUACAAUAUAACAAUGCUGAAUUGGAUUACUAUGUCCUGUAAUUUCUGCUUUAUUUAUAAAUAGAUGCGAUAUGAAGAUUAUUAGCUAUGAGAUACAAUUUCGGUAUCAUAGUAAUAAGUAACUGUACAUCUGUGAUCAUGUUUGGAGUAUGACAGAGGAAAAAUCUUUGUGAGGAUAUAUGCUUUGGGGUGUUAUUUUAAUAUGAGUUGGAUGAGAUGCUAAUAACUGAAUAUUAUUUUAUUUAUUUCCAGUGAGUUCCUUACAGAAUGCUUGCCGUGAUCUUAUCUUACAGACAACAUCCAGGCAUCAGCUUUCAGCACUCCCGCUGCCACAAAAAGUAAUCCAUUUUCUUUGUGAAGGAGAUAACUCCUAGCACAGUGCCCUCCCUCCCUCAUGAAGUGUGCAUCAUAUUAAAACCAAUUUUACAUACUUGAGUGACAACAUAUCUUAUUGUGAGCUUAUGUGUAUUUUUUAAGAAUCGCUCUACACUAUUGUGAUUAGAUCAUUAUGUGGUGUUUCCUACCUGCAUUAUUCCCUAAGUUGUGGAAACUGUACCGGUACAGUCAUUUGAUUUGAACAAACUGUGGUUUCACUGAUUUUACAUACAGCAAGAUUCUGCAAUGGGCAUAAUAUUUGUGGUUUUGGUUAAAGAAAAACUAGGCAUGUCUAAUGGGGAAAGUUAAGUGUGAGGGGGGGGGGAACUAGUGUGGCAUAUCAGUGGACCUCAAAAUGUUCAUGGCUAUAAACUAAAAAGUACUCUCAAUUUCAUACCCACUCAGUACUAACAACUUUAUUUUGGGAGUGUAAUAUUAAAUAUACUUCAUAAUGAAGGUAAAAGGCACAUGUCUAUUUGUGAAUGGGAUUUUGUAGCUUCCACUGUCCACUCCAAUCUUAGUCAAAGCCAGCCUUGAUGUUUGAUAUAGAAGUCAAUUGGGCCACAUUGUCAGCUUGCCUUGUAUCACUAGGUAAAACAUAGGUAUAUCAUGACAUGCCUUGUAUUACUAGUUACAACAUAGGUAAAUUGUUUCUUGCAUUGUAUCACUAUGUACAACAUAGGUAAAUUGUUUCAUG